GUGAAUAGGGAAGUGGCGCAAAUUCGUGGAUCGCUCCGCUGAGCCUGUUCGUCGAAGCCGUCGCCACCUCCGCCGCCGCCCCCUGUCCCGGCCCCCCCCCCUGGGUUUCCUCAGCCCAGCUCGGUCCAGCCCGGUUCUCGGGAGAAUGAAGUUCGUGUACAAAGAGGAGCAUCCGUUCGAGAAGCGCCGCUCUGAGGGCGAGAAAAUCCGAAAGAAAUACCCAGACCGGGUCCCGGUGAUAGUGGAAAAAGCUCCCAAAGCUCGGAUAGGAGAUUUGGACAAAAAGAAAUACCUGGUGCCUUCAGAUCUUACAGUGGGUCAAUUCUACUUCUUGAUCCGGAAGCGAAUUCAUCUCCGUGCUGAGGAUGCCUUGUUUUUCUUUGUCAACAAUGUUAUUCCACCUACCAGUGCCACGAUGGGUCAGCUAUACCAGGAGCACCACGAGGAAGACUUCUUUCUAUACAUCGCCUACAGUGAUGAAAGCGUCUACGGCGAAAACACCAUCUCCUUCAGGACCUGCACUUAAUGUUUGAGGCUGUUUCUCCUGUCCCUCUCAGCAGGAGGGGUAGUGGAGGACACAGUCUCCAUACAUCUCCUUUCUUUCCCCUGUUUGCCCUCAUUCCCACUCUGCUUUAGACUUCUUGAUUGUCAAUCUCUGUCACAUCCGUCGAUUGUUUUGGUUUCUAUUCCCUUUCUAACUGCCCAAGCAGGCUCCCUUCCUUUCAGUACCUUCUUUUUGGGGGGGUAGAUGGAAGGGAUUAACAUUGUCGGGGGGAGGUAGGAGGCACAUCAAUAAAGAAGAAACCACCGAGCUGAACUGA